GUUGAUUUUGCGCGUUCUGGGGCUAACAGCGCCCUGCUGGGAAUCACGUGGCUUUGCCCGGGCCAAUCAAACGUGCGAAUCCAGUCUGCGCUUUCUUGCUGAGCGCGGGGAGGACAGCACUCGUGUCACCGUCACAGCCACAUUCACCGGGAGAAUCCUACAUUUCUACAAAAAUGUCAGACGAGAAGCCAAAGGAGGGCGUGAAGACUGAAAAUGACCACAUCAACUUGAAAGUGGCGGGUCAGGAUGGAUCUGUGGUCCAGUUCAAAAUUAAAAGGCAUACCCCCCUCAGCAAACUGAUGAAGGCCUACUGCGAAAGACAGGGUUUAUCCAUAAGGCAAAUUAGGUUCAGGUUUGAUGGUCAGCCAAUCAAUGAGACGGACACACCUGCACAGCUGGAAAUGGAAGAUGAGGACACUAUCGAUGUAUUCCAGCAGCAGACGGGAGGAACCUGCUAAAGAUGAAGCACAUGUGGAUGAAGCUUGUUUAUUUGUGCUCAUCUUCACUUCCACUGCAGUUCAGGGCUGAAAUGGGAAAAGGUUCUAGAAAUCAAACCGGUUUAAGUUAAUAGCUCUUUUUUUUUUCUCUCUCUCUCUUUAAUCAUC